AUGUUUCAGCCUUCGGGAUCUGCCUCAUUGGAAUUCAGCCAAGAUACUGCAGCUGAUCAACGUGUUUUUGGUGGUUCACCACCUAAAAAUCCCCUGUUACCCUUUUUGCCCUACCUGAGGCCCCCAUACACAGCACCGCCGCCCGUUUGGGAUUCCGCUACGGCUCAUCUGGCCCAUAUGACAGCUGCUGCAGCUGCUGCUGCCCUUGUCGAUGCUCCACCACCUUCACCACCUACUCCACCAUCCCAGCCCACCACUGCAUCACCACCAGCAUCACCGAGACGUCGACCACAGCUCCUUGAUCCCGACACCCCGCUCAAUCUCUCCAAACCCAAGGGUUCCCCACCACCUGCUCCAGUUGCCACAGCCGACCUAGCACCCAGAGCCACUUUCUACGGUGCCGCCGUGGCCACAAAGGCCUUCGGACCCGAAGAACCCGACUUUCUCAAUGUCUGCCGAAUGUGGGCGACUGAGCAUAUGGCCACGAAGCCAAUGGGGGCACCAAUGGAGGAAGAAAAGGCACGAUUGGCACGACGUCGAGAGCCACCACCGCGCGAUGAACGUCCUGAUCCUGCCAAGCCUCACAUCAAACGGCCCAUGAAUGCUUUUAUGGUGUGGGCCAAGGAUGAAAGAAGGAAAAUCCUCAAGGCCUGCCCAGAUAUGCACAAUAGCAACAUAAGUAAAAUUCUCGGUGCACGCUGGAAGGCAAUGUCAAAUGCCGAAAAGCAACCAUACUACGAGGAACAGAGUCGACUGUCAAAGUUACAUAUGGAACAGCAUCCGGACUACAGGUAUAGGCCACGGCCAAAGAGAACCUGCAUCGUUGAUGGUAAAAAGAUGAGAAUUAGUGAGUAUAAGAUGCUAAUGCGCAGCCGAAGGGCCGAAAUGAGGCAAUUGUGGUGCAGAGAUGGCGCUGAAGGUGGACAUUUUGUUGGUGGUGGAGGUGGUGGGGGUGGUGGGGGUGUUGGUGGGGAUAUGGGUGCUACAAGUGGUGGUACAGCAUCCCCAUCAAAUGGCUCAAAUGCCGUUCAAUCUGUUGCCACAGCCACCUAUUUCUAUCCACCCGAUAGUCUAUCACCAGGCGCCUUUUCGGCCACAGAUGGCGCACGUGAUGAUGACUGAGACACUUUGCCAUUUUUUCUAACCUUUAUCCGCCAUACAAGAUGAUUGGUGAUUUAAAAAAACACAAAAAAAUAAAAAACAAAAGUGAAAUAAUAAGAUAUAAAAGUGAAAGGAUAGAAAAGGAUAGAGAGAAAGAGAAAGAGAGAGAAGAUAGAGGGAUUUUGUGCCAUGAUAAAUUUACAGCCAAUUUUUCUCUGAUCACUAUCCCGAACAGAGUUUGUGAUUGGAAAAUGAUCGGAAAAUUAAUGUUGCACUUGUGGGAGUAUGGAGAGAUAACUGAAAGUUUGAAAUAAGCCUGACUAGGUCGUCGCUACGGCUUACAAUAUAUUCAGCGGACUGCAAAAAUCCGUGGAAUCACAGCUCACGAAAAAUCCGCGGAAAAUUUCGCCGUCCCCGAAAUUCCAUGAAAAUUUUUCAAUGACUUGCGAAAAUUCUAUAGAAAAAAUUCGUACUCUGCCCGAAAAUCCGCAUAACAAUUCGUACCCAUAGCGAAAAAUUCCCAUAGCGAAAAUUCGUGAAAAAAACGUGAACAGCGAAAAUCCGCGGAAAAUUCCGCGGUCCCCGAAAAUCCAUGAAAUUUUUUCUACCACGGAAAAUUCGCAAAAAAAAAACUGCGUGACCUGCGAAAAUCCGGGAAAAAACACAGUCCGUGCAAAUCCGCGUAAAAAUUAGCGAAAAAUCUCGCGCCUCGCGCAAAUCCGCGCGUAAAAACUCCCACACCGUGACAAAUUGCGUGCCCUGCAAAAAUCCGUGAAAAAUCUUCGAAAAAAUCACACCCCUCGAAAAUCCACGAAAAACAAAAACGGUAAAAAUUCUUGAUCCCCAAAAAUUCGCGAAAAUUUUUGCGCUCCGCGAAAAUUCCACGUAAAAGUUUCCGAUAAAUUUCGCGCUUCGCGAAAAGCUGCGGAAAGAUUCGUGAGCGCUGAAAAUUCGCGAAAAAAAUCGCGCCCCCGAAAAUUCGCAAAAAAAAUUCGUGUCCCUCGAAAAUCCGCGAAACACGACCCGCGAAAAUUCGCUAAAAAAAUGUAGAUUGCGAAAAUCCACGGAGAAAAAUACAGCCCACGAAUAUCGGCGUAAAUAUUCGCGCCCCCAAAAAUCCACGGAAAAGACUGGGCCUCCGAAAAUCCGCGUAAAAAUUAAGCGUCCCUCGAAAAUUCGUAAAAAAAAACUGCGUCACCUGCGCAAAUCCAGGAAAAACUUAGCGCCCCUAGAAAAUCUGCAAAAAACUGCGUCACCUGCGAAUAUCGCCUGCGAAAACUUCGCCAAAUAUCUCGCGGCCCGCGAAAAACCGCGCAAAAAUUCCCACACCGUGAAAAACUGCGUGGCCUGAGAAAUUCCGGGAAAAAUGCGGCCCGCGCAAAUCCACGGAAAAAUACACUAGCCGCCAAAAAUUCGAGAAAAAAUUCAUGACCCAGAAAAUGCUCGUAAAAAUUCGCGCCCCCAAAAAUCUUCGAAAAAAUCACGCCCCUCGAAAAUCCACGAAAAAAAAACUUAGACCGCAAAAAUUCGCGUAAAACUUCGUGAUCCCGAAAAUCCGCGGAAAUUUUUGCACUCCGCGAAAAUCCACGUAACAAUUUCCGAUAAAUUUCGAGCUUCGCGGAAAUCAGUGAGAAGAUUCGUAACAGCUGAAAAUCCUCGAAAAAAAUCGCGCCUCCGAAAAUCAGCGGAAAAAUUCCCGCUCCCAAAAAUUCGUAGAACAAUCCUCGAAAUAUUUUGUGGCCAGGGAAAAUCUGCGAAAAUAUUCGUGACCCCCAAAAAUCCUUGAAAAAAUUCGCGAUCCCCAAAUAUCCGCGAAAAACUUCAUCACCCACGUAAAUCUGUGGAAUAUUCUUGGUCCGAGAAAAUUCGCGAAAAAGAUUUACGCCCCCGAAAAUUCGCGUAAAAAUUCGUGCUCCCAAAAAUCCGUCUAAAAAUUCUCACCUCCGAAAAUCCGAGAAAAAAUUCGUUAAAAAAACUCACAGCCCGCGCAAAUCCGUGAAAAUAAUUGUGCCCCCAAAGAUUCGCGGAAAAAUUUUAUGCUCCGUGAAAAUCCGCAUAAAAACUCGAUAAAAAUUUCGCCCAAGGGUGAAAAUCUGCGAAAAAUUCUUGUAAAAAUCGCGUGCCCUAAAAUCCUCAACACGCGAAAAUCCGCAAACAUUUCGACAUCCACGAAAAUCUGUCAAAAAAUUCGAGGAAACAUUUUGCGCAAAUAUUACACCCCGCGGAAAUCUGCGUAAAAAUUCGCGGCCCCAAAAAUCCGGUCAAAAAUUUUGCGCCCCCAAGAAUCCGCGGAAAAAUUUUGCACCUCAUGAAAAUCUGCGAAAAAAUUUACGCUGCGUACGUAUCCGCGUAAAAAUUUAGCGCACCCAAAAAAUCUACGGAAAAAUUCUGCGCUCUGCGAAAAUCUGCGUAAAAAUUUGCUGCCCCAAAAAUCCGCCGGAAAAAAUUUGUGUCCCCAAGAGUCCGUGAAAUAUUUUGGGCCUCGGGAAAAACCGCGUAAAAAUUUGUAACCCCCGCAAAUAUCACGGAGAAAUUUUGUACCUCUAAAAAUUCAAGGGAAAAUUUUGCGUCCCUAGAAAUCCGCGGAAAAAUUCACGACGCGUGCAUAUCCGCGUAAAAAUUUGCGGCCACAAAAAUCUGUGGAAAAGUUUUGCUUCUCCCAAAAUCUACAGAAAAAUUCACGACGCGUGAAAAUCCACGUAAAAAUUUGCGCCCCUAAAAAGACGCGGAAAAAUUUUGCGCUCCAAGAAUCCGCGGAAAAAUUCACAUCGCAUGCAAAUCCGCGUAAAAAUUUUCGCCACCCAAAAUCCGCGAAAAAAAAUUCAUUCUACCGAAAAUCCGAGGCAAAAUUGUGCGCUCCGCAAAAAUUUGCGUAAACUUUCGCGGUCUGCGAAUAUCCGCGGGAAAAUUCACGAAAAAUUUCGGACCGCACAAAAAAUCGCGUAAUAAUUUGCGCUUCCCAAAAUCCGCGGAAAAAUUCGCAAUCUCGAAAAUCUGCGGAGAAAUUUUGUGUCCUAAAAAUCCGCGUAAAAGUUUGCGCUCCCCAAAAUCCGCGUAAAAUUUCACGGCCCGUCCAAAUACGCAUGAAAACUUGUGACCCCAAAAUCCACGAAAAAACUCGUAACCUCCGAAAAUUCGCGGAGAAAUUUGAUAUCUGAAAAAAUUCGUGGGAAAUUUGCGCCCCGCGAAAAUCCGCGAAAAAAUUCACGACGCGCGCAAAUCCGCAUAAAAAUUUGCGCCCCAAAAAACCGCGGAAAACUUCACGGUACGUGCAAAUCACGUAAAAAUUCAUGCCCCCAAAAAUUCGCGGAAAAAUUCGCGGCCUGCAAAAAUGUGUGAAGAAUUUCGUGCCGCGCAAAAAUCCGUGAAAAAAAUUAUGCCCACGAAAAUUUCCGAAAAUGUUCACGUCCUGCACAAAUCCGCGUAAAAAUUCGAGCUAUUUCUUAAUUUUUGCCCCCUUUUUGAAACAAAAAUAAAAAUACGGGAAAGUGCCCAUGCUCUGUACGGUCCCAGGCUCUAUAAUUACUAAAUUUUUCCUAUGUUUUUUUUUUCUUUCAAAACAAAAAAUGUGAUUCAUUGUUUUUUUUUUUAAAUAUAUUUUGUAUUUGAAAUAUUUCUCGUUAAAGAUAUUUUAAAAAUAGGAAAUAAAUAUUCUGGAAGACUGUUUCAAUGUUCUGGGAGUGCUAUGAUUCCCCCUCUCCCUCCCAUGAGUGCACAUAAAAUCAUUUCUGACCAAACUGUCUAUCGGUAGUGUGAUUAAAUUUAACAGAAGAAAAAUUAAAUAAGAAAAAUAAAUAUGCAAAAGAGAGAGAGUAAAAAAUAUUAGUAAAAAAAAAAUAAAACAGAAACAUUCUGAUUGAAGCAACAUGAGUAAUUUCUAGUGUAAAACAUUUUAAGAUAUUAAAAAAAAAUGUAGUGAGAGAGAGAGAGAAUAAUGAAAAAUAGAAAAAGUAAAAAUAAAGCAUUGAAAGAAGAUAGUAAAAGAAAAAUAAAGUGAAGAAAAAUAAAUUUGAGAUAAUUUUUAGGUUAAGUUGCAUCCAUUGAUUAGAAAGGAACAAGAAGAAUAAGAAGAAAACAAAACAUAAAUAAUAUAGGAUGAAGAAAAAAACUGUGUCUAGAAGGAUAUUUAAGUGCGUAGAGAUAAAUUCCCACAAUUUUUUUCUUUUUUUUUGUUCUUUAAAUGAAUAAAACAAUCGAUAUUUAGGACAAAUUCCCACGUCAAACAUUAAGAAAAAAAAAGAUUAAAAAAAAAAGAAAUGAAGUAAAUAAUAGUGUCUAUAAGUGAAAGAUAAAAAAAAAUGUGCGAUAAGUGAGAUUAAGGAUUUAUUAAGGGAGGGAAGGUGCAGUUACAGAGUAUUUAUUACAAUCAAAAAAAAAAAAGGAAAAACAAAUUAAGAAAAAAAAACGAAAAAAUAUUAGGAGCAUAGGAUGAAAGGAUUAGUAUGGUUAGUAAAAAAACACCUAGAAAUUCUAUACUAUCGAGAGAAAUAAUACAAAAAGAAAAAAAAACAUGUAAUCAAAUGUGAAUAACUUGAUAAACUUAAUCCCAAAAACAAACAAAAAAACAAACGGCAAAUUUUCAAAUCUUCCUCAAUUGUCCCUUUUAAGAAAGAGAUUGCCAAUAGAGGGCAGAAGUAUGCAAAAAAUAAGGAGGACAUAUCUGGUGAUUUUUUUAAAAUAUAUUUUACAAUUUCAAAAAAUAAAGCCAGUGAUAAGCCUAGAUCAGCUUAUACAGGUGCGAUUCCUUCAUUGCAAAUUUGGAUUCUGUCAAACUCGAACGAUAUUUAUAUAUAAUUAAUGCAUAUUUCAAAAGAUGCAUAAAAGUAUUUAAUAAACAUUAAAAGUCGAUUAUCUCGGAAACUAUGAGAGAUAGAGGCCUCAAACUUUACAUUCGUUUAGAGCCUCUGUCAGCGAUCCGAGAGAAUCCGCUAAAAUAUUCAUUGCCCACGAAAAAUACGCGCCUCGCAAAAAUCCGGGAAAUCUACGCGAUCUGCGAAAAUCUGCGAAAAAAUACGCGUCGCGCAAAACACCGCGAAAGAAUACGCGAGCCGUGAAAAUCCGCGAAAAAAUAAGCGCCCGCGCAAAAAUUCUCGGCCCCGUGAAAAUUCACGAAAAAAAUUCGUGAGCCGUGAAAAUCUUCGAGAAAAUAGUCAAGUCGCGAAAAAAUAUGCGCUCUGCGAAAAUUCCCGAAAAAAAUACGCGCCCGCGAAAAAAAUCGCGAGGUGUGAAAAUCCGCGAAAAAAUCCUCGAAAAAAUACGCGACUUGCAAAAAUUCGCGUCCCGCAAAAAUCAGUUUAAAAAAAUCGCAUUCCGCGAGAAUCCGCGAAAAAACAUGCGUUCCGUGAAAAAAUACGCGCCCGCGGAAAAAUUCACGGCCCCGCGAAAAUACACGAAAAAAUUCACGCGACCUGCGAAAAACUUCGACAAUCACGAAAGUCUGUGAAAUAUUCGCGAUCCGAGAAAAUUCACGGAAUCAUUUGGCGCCUCCAUAAAUCCGUGAAAAAGUUCGCGACCAUCGAAAAUCCGUGAAAAUUGCAACAUCCACGAAAAUCUGUGAAGUAUUCGC